AACAUUUCUAACCUUACAGCGUCUGUAGUUUCGCAGUCGCUUUCGUGUUGGUGUUUAUGUAUUACUGUAAAUUAACUGUAUAUAUUCAUUAAAAAAGACGCUUAUUUGAUGUGUUUGUUAUAAGUGCGACUCCAUAAGAACUCAAUAUGGAUGGUCCUCCAGGUACCGGGCCUCCUUCCAACAAUGGAUCAAUGGGUCCGCCGGGAAUGGCAAACUUUCCGCCAAUGCCGCCUCCUCCUGGCUCAAUGGGGCCUGGAGGAAUGCCAUCAUCCAUGGGCCCUCCUGGUACUAUACCGCCGGUUUCUUCGUCAGGAGGACCGCCGAAUAUGCCACCACCGGGCAUGGGUCCCCCUCCAGGCAUGAUGGGUAUGGGUCCUCCCGGUAUGGGACCACCGCCGCCAGGAAUAGGUCCUCCUCCACCAGGAAUGGGUCCCCCGCCGCCAGGCAUGGGUCCCCCGCCGCCCGGAAUGGGUCCUCCGCCCCCAGGAAUGGGUCCCCCGCCGCCUGGUAUGGGUCCCCCGCCGCCUGGUAUGGGACCUCCGCCACAUGGAAUGGGUCCGCCACCAGGAAUGGGUAUGGGACCGCCAAUGGGACCUCCUGGCAUGGGCUCUAGAAUGCCUCCAAACAUGAUGCGUGGGGGGCCUAAUAUGAAGGGUAAUUUUAAUCAAGGAAUGGAUAUAGGUCCUCCUGGAAUGGGUCCUCCUCCUAAUAUGCCUAUGGGACAUGGACCAUGGGAGGGGCCUGGACCAUGGGAGGGACAGGGUCCACCAGGACCACCGCCUGGAUGGGGACGACCAGGCCGAGACGGCCCUCCAGGUUGGGAUGACCAAGGUGACGAUGGAGAUGAAGAAGAUAGAGAUGUGGAAGACUCAGAACCGCCUCCACAGGGUCCACCUCCUUCUUCACUGCCUUCACUUCUCACAAUGAAGAUUGAUACUCCAGAAGAGUUCCGUACCAAAGCUGUUCCACCCACAACCCCAGGAGGGGUAGUGUUGCCUAAAGCACUAGAAGAAGCCCUAGCAUACAAGGAUCAAAGGCAGGCUGCUCUUGGUGGUACUGGUGAACCUCAAGAAAAGGAAGCAGAUAAUCCGCCUGAAGCUCCACCGGCCCCUGUGAUCAGUACCGAGUAUGAUGCUGAGGAAGAUGAAGGGGAUUCUGAUGAAGACAAUGUUCCUGCUGCCCCACAGCCACCCAUUAUAUCUAGACAAGAGGCUCAUGUCAACAAAGCCAACAAGAACAAAAGAAAGAAGUGGAAGAAGAAAGCAGCGAAACAGAAGCGCCGAGAGGAGGCCCAGAAGAAGACGACUGCCCCCCCUCCCGCACCCGCCUCAGCGGCUAAGGAGGAGAGCGUCAAGGAGAGUUCUAGUGACAAAGAAAACCAGAAAGAGGCCGAGAUAGAGUACGUCCAAGAGAGCAUUCAGUUCCACGAGCUGGAGCCGAUGUACCGACAGUUCCACCGCAUCCUGGAGUCGUUCAAGAUCGCGGAGAAGAAGCAGGAGGUGAAGGAGGAGAAGGACGCCCCGAAACCGGCCAGCAAGCCGCAGGAGAAGGUGCAGGACCAGUUCGCCGUCGACGAGGAGGCCGCUGAGAAAAACGCAGCGGACGAAAAGGAGCGCAUGUCGAAACGCAAGCUGAAAAAGCUGUCCCGCUUGUCUGUGGCCGAGCUGAAGCAGCUGGUGUCGAGGCCGGACGUGGUGGAGAUGUAUGACGUCACAGCUCGAGACCCCAAGCUGUUGGUGCAGCUCAAGGCUCACAGGAACACCGUGCAGGUGCCGCGACAUUGGUGCUACAAGCGGAAGUAUCUGCAAGGCAAGCGAGGUAUCGAGAAGCCCCCCUUCGACCUGCCGGACUUCAUCAAGAAAACCGGCAUCAUGGAGAUGCGCGCGUCGCUUCAGGACAAGGAGGAGACCAAGACCCUGAAAGCCAAGAUGAGGGAGCGCACCAGGCCCAAGCUCGGCAAGAUUGAUAUCGAUUACCAGAAACUUCACGAUGCCUUCUUUAAAUGGCAGACGAAGCCUCGCAUGACGAUCCACGGGGACCUGUACUACGAGGGCAAGGAGUUCGAGACGCGGCUGCGGGAGAAGAAGCCCGGCGACCUCUCGGAGGAGCUGCGGACGGCCCUCGGCAUGCCCGUCGGCCCGGGCUCACAUAAGGUUCCCCCGCCAUGGCUGAUAGCCCAGCAGCGCUACGGGCCUCCGCCCUCGUACCCCAACCUGAAGAUCCCGGGACUCAACGCGCCCAUCCCCGAGGGCUGCGCCUUCGGCUACCACGCCGGGGGCUGGGGCAAGCCGCCCGUGGACGAGACCGGGAAGCCUCUGUAUGGAGACGUGUUCGGACACCAGAGCAGUGGGCAGGACGAUGCCGAGGACCAAGACAUCGACAGAACUAUGUGGGGAGAGCUCGAAUCAGAGUCUGAAGAAGAAUCAGAAGAAGAGGAAUCCGGUUCGGAGGGCGAAGGCGCCCCAGCGGGGGAGCUGGCGGCGGGCGUCGCGACGCCGGGCUCCGGGCUGGUGACGCCGCUGGGCAUCAGCUCCGUGCCGCCCGGCAUGGAGACCCCCGACACCAUCGAGCUGAGGAAGAAGAAGCUCGACGACCACGAGGGCGGGGACACGCCGGCACUGUACCAGGUGCUGCCGGAGCGCCGCGUGGGGCUGACGGCCGGCAUGAUGGCCUCCACGCACGUCUACGACGUCAGCGCCGCCAACACGGCUAAGCGACCGGUGGCGGCGCCUGCGGCGGCGGCGGCGGCGGCAGCAGCGGCGGCGGCGGGCACGAGCAGCGAGGCGGCGCCGGCGGCGGGCGGCGUGGAGGUGGCGCUGGACCCGUCCGAGCUGGAGCUGGAGCCCGAGGCGGUGGCGGCGCGCUACGAGCGACAUCUGCGCGAGCAGCGCCCGCGCGGCCGCGAGGACUUGUCCGAUAUGCUGGCUGACCACGUCGCACGACAAAAGAAUAAACGGAAAAGGCAGCAAAACACGGAUUCGAAACAAGCUAAGAAAUACAAAGAAUUUAAGUUUUAAUAUCUGCCUAGUGAAGUGUAUGGAAUUUGGGUGUAAGUUUAUUUUCGGAUUUCUUGGAAUCCCAUCGGGACAAGUAAUAUUACUGUGUAAAAAUAUAUAUUAUGUGAUAAAUGAAAA